AUGAGUUCAAGCCACCAGCAGCAGAGCGAGCCUUGCGGGGAGAUGGACAGCGCGACACUUAUUAGAAAACUCACAACGCAGCUCCGCCAGGUUACCAACUUAUGCACCAGCCUAGGCGGCCAGCUCGAGGCCGAGAAAGAGAAGCAUCAGCGGGAGAAAGACGAAUGGCUAAAGAAGGAGAAAGCAUACCAGGACGAAUCAGGGAAGCAACGACGCGUUAUCCAAGCGCUGAGUAAGUCUGUUGCGGAUUAUGGUGCUACCGCUAUCCUGUCUGAGGAGGUUGUCGCCCUCCGAACCUCCGUGCUCGAACAAAGUAGAAAUCUGCAGGCUCUGUUCACCGCAAUGCGCGAAGAAUUGGAAAGUGAAGAAGCAAAAGAUCAUUCUUCUGCUUUGUAA